UCUCAAUCUUUUUUUCCUCUUAAAGUAUUCCUAGAUCUAAAUGGAAUUAGUUGAGUCUGAAGCCGUUUGUGAAAGGAACAGACAUGGUACAUGGACACAGCUUCCAUCACGUUGUUGCAAGUCUUCUCCUACUUGGGUUGUCUGGGGCAACAAGGAAGGAUACUGCAGUGAAAAACAAUUCUGGAGUGAAGCCUGCAGGUCAAUGUGGAACGUGGGUGAAAGAAUCAGAAGGAGGACUGUUCACGUCUCCCAAUUACCCAAACAAAUACCCCCCAGACACAGAGUGUGUUUAUAUCCUUGAAGCUCCCCCAAGGCAGUGUAUUGAUCUACACUUUGACGAGAAUUAUUCAAUCGAGUCCUCUUGGGAAUGUAAAUUUGACAACAUCGAGGUUCGGGAUGGACCCUUUGGCUUCUCCCCAAUUCUCGGACGGUACUGCGGUCAGCAUAGCCCGCCUGAUAUCAGGAGUAGCGGCCGAUAUCUGUGGAUAAAAUUUGUUACAGAUGGUGAACUGGAAGCGGUGGGAUUUUCAGCAAGUUACAACUUCACUGCAGAUCCGGACUUUGCAGACUUGGGAGUACCCCCACCGCUGCCCUCCUGUCAGUAUGACAUGGUUGGUCCAGAAGGUAUCGUUGAGUCCCUUCAGAUCACCAGAGACGGGAAGGCUGGCGCCGCCGAGGCCGUCGACUGUAAAUGGUACAUCCGUGCUCCGCCGCGCUCCAAGAUAUACCUGCGUUUUCUCGACUAUGAGAUGGCCAAUUCCAAUGAAUGCAAGCGCAACUUUGUGGCAGUAUAUGAUGGUGGCAGUUCAGUGGAAGACCUGAAGAGCAAGUUCUGCUCCACGGUGGCCAACGACAUCAUGCUGGUUUCGACGCUGGGCGUCAUCCGCAUGUGGGCGGAUGAAGCCAGCCGCAAAAGCCGCUUCCGCAUCUUAUUCACAACCUACCAAGAACCUCCAUGUGAUGCAGAUGCCUUCUUCUGUCACAGUAACAUGUGCAUAAACAACACGCUGGUGUGCAAUGGCAUGCAGAACUGUGUCUACCCCUGGGAUGAGAACCAAUGUAAAGAGAAGAGGAAAGCCAACAUACUGGACAACCUCAACAACACAAACGGCACCAUAAUUGGUGUCACCUGUUGCAUCGUCCUCAUCCUCCUCAUCGUCUCUGUCAUCGUCCAGAUCAAGCAGCCACGUAAAAAGUACAUCCUGCGGCGUGAGGACUUUGACCCCACCAUGUUCCAGGAGGUCUUUGAGCCGCCUCACUAUGAGCUGUGUACUUUACGGAGUGCCACCACAGCCGCUGCGGCCUCAGCAGACUUAGUCGACCUGGCAGAAGACUUUGAGAACUAUCACGCCCUUCGCCGUGCCUCCUCACGUUGCGUCCACGAUCACCACUGUGGCUCCUCCUCCAACCCCGGCUCAGCCCACAUAUCCCAGCUGUCACUCAGUGGACGAGGAAGCCGCGGGAACUUGAGCACUCGAGACGCUGCGGCCGCCACUCUGCUCACAGACCUUCCACAGCCACCCAUGGCAGUGCGGCCCUUGCUGCCGGCCACUGGAAACCGCAGGAGCAUCUUGGUCAUGAAGCACAGCUACUCGCAAGAGGCAGCAGACAAUGGAUGUGACCUGGACGACGACCUGGAAGACGUUCCCACCACCAGCCACCGGCUUUCACGCCACGAAAAGGCAGUACAGCGAUACAUCAGACAGAUGCGUCAUUCCUCUGCAUCUUGCCAAGUUUGACAGCAUUUGGAGCUAUAAGGUUUCUCUCCCUUGCAUCUUGAGUGAACUGUUGCCCUGAGCAACUUUACCAGUGUAGAGUGUUGUGAUGAGAAAAAAACUUUAAAAAAUGAAAAUUAAAAAAAGGUUUGUGGCGUAUGCAUCAAGUUUUCUUCUUUGCUUUGGACCCCAGAGGUGCAUUUUCCCUUCCGGUGCUCCACAGCUGGCUAGGAUUGACGAGCCAUGGAACACUGAUAAUCUCAGAUACGGGACUGAAACGUUGUGUUUUUUGAAAAAUAGAGUACCUUUAAUGUAAAGUUGUUCAAGCAGAGAAAAAAAAACUGAAUCAGGUUUUUUUUAAAUCCUUUUCAUGUCAACAUCAAAAUAUGAAAUUGCAUAUUUCCACUGCUGAUUUCACAUUUCUUGUCUUUAUAGUGGAGUGCCAGGUUGUUUGUUAAUCUAAACAAUUACAGGACGCCUUGUUGAGAAGACAAAAAAUACAGAAUGUUUGAAAUAAAAUGAUGUUAAUCUUCAUAAAUAGGUGCAUAUACAGUACAUGAUUCUACUGACCAUCAACUACGACUUUAUUUAUUCCCACUUUCACUUUCUGAUGUUAGAACAGAAUUGUUUUUUUCUGUCUUUCUCUUUGUCAAACUUCAUUGCGUUGUGGUGUUUUUUUUAACCCAUUUGAACAUUUAUUUGAUAACAUUAAGAAAAUGCUGGAUAGAAUGUUUUCAAUAAACUAAUGUUUACUGAU